GAAAACUGCUGUCCUGAGCAGAUCUAUGACUCAACUCGGCAGCACCACCUCUACAUGUGGAGCUCAAUGGAAAAUGUGGCUCAUCAAGGUCUUCAGUGUUAUAUAUGUCAGUGCUGUUUGUGCAGCUCAAGAUCCUCAGGAUGUCACCGCAUUUCCUGACGUCUUCAAAACAGAAGGAGUCCCCAUCCAGACUGCAGCUCCAACUGUUUAUAAACCCCCUGUCCCAUCUGUGCAGCGUUUUCCACCCUGGUCGGAAGUAUUUCCUUCUGAAAAAGUGACGUUCAGUUGUGAUGUCAUCGACAGCUCAGACUGGACCAUCAUCUGGAAAGUGAAUUAUGAGCGAUUAUCAAAAACAGACCCGCAUUUGUCUUUUUCUCCAAAUGGAUCAGUGCUUACAAUCACUGCAAUGUCAGAAGAUCAGUCUGGAAAUUACUCCUGUGUUGGCCAACACAAAGUAAAAAAAGUUUUCACUGAAGAGAGUGAUUUCCUUGAAUUGAUGGUUGAUGAAAACAAGCCCAAGCCCACUGUGACCUCCAGCUUCACCUCAGAGAAGAUGUUCACCGGCGAGUCUGUCACGUUCACCUGCGCCGUCAGUGUGUCCUCCGGGUGGGAGUAUACGUGGUUCCAUAACGGACAGGAAGUUCAGGCGUCUGAUACUUAUACCAUCCCUUCUGUGGGUCCUGCUAACAGUGGACAGUAUCACUGCCAAGCCAAGAGAGGCAGCCCCCCUGUCCACACAGCACAGAGCGACAGAAUAACACUGGAUGUCUCUGAAAUCCCUGUCCCAUCUUUAACAAACCUGACUUCAUGGUUGGACGUGUUCCCAACUGAGUCUGUGAGGUUGGGCUGUGGGAUGGAGACCGGUUCCUCUGACUGGACUUAUACCUGGUACAAAGAUGGUCAAAUGGUCCAGGCUGGUAAUACUGUGUCUUUAGACACAGAUAGAGCUGUUCUCUCUAUCAGCUCUGCUUCAGCAUCACAUGCAGGGCGUUAUCAAUGCACAGGAAGACGGAAGGACAGGGCCGUCACCAGCAGUGAAAGUACUGGACUGACUCUCACAGUGUAUGGUACAAAACCCAGAGUGGAGCUGGUACAGGAUCCAGAGUACACGGUGAUGUUCCCCGGAGAACGUGUUUCCUUUAGGUGUCAUAUUGAUGUUUCGACUGGAUGGGAGUUCGUUUGGUACAAAGAUAACACGGAUCUCGGCUCAACUGAAAACAUGUAUUCAGUCGACUCUGUUUCAACAACAGAUAGUGGCUCAUAUACAUGUAAAGCUAAAAGAGGCCAGGGUCCAGUCUUCUCCACAGACCCCAGUCAGACUAAACACAUCGAAGUUAAAAGUACAAAACCCAUAGUGGAGCUGGUACAGGAUCCAGAGUACACGGUGAUGUUCCCUGGAGAACAUGUUUCCUUUAGGUGUCACAUUAAUGUUUCAACUGGAUGGGAGUUCGUUUGGUACAAAGAUAACAUGGAUCUCGGCUCAACUGAAAACAUGCAUUCAGUUGACUCUGUUUCAACAACAGAUAGUGGCUCAUAUGCAUGUAAAGCUAAAAGAGGCCAGGGUUCAGUCUUCUCCACAGACCCCAGUCAGACUAGACACGUCGAUGUUAAAAAAGACAAGCCUAAGCCUGUGAUGACUCAAGUGCCAAACUUUGACAAAGUGUACACUGGAGAGUCACUGACCUUCAUAUGUACGGUUGAUAUCUCAUCUGGUUGGGAAUAUCUGUGGUACAAAGAUGGAACUGAACUCCCUACCACUGGCAGAAACUUAACCAUUAAUGAUGCAAAGUCAUCUGACAGUGGUGUCUACAAGUGUAAGGCCAGAAGAAGUAAAACCAUGUUUAAUACAGAAGAAAGUGAACCUAAGGACUUAAACAUAUCAGAAAUCCCUGUCCCAUCUUUAACAAACCUGACUUCAUGGUUGGACGUGUUCCCCACUGAGUCUGUGAGGUUGGGCUGUGGGAUGGAAGCCGGGUCCUCUGACUGGACUUAUACCUGGUACAAAGAUGGUCAAGUGGUCCAGGCUGGUAAUACUGUGUCUUUAGACGCAGAUGGAGCUGUUCUCUCUAUCAGCUCUGCUUCAGCAUCACAGGCAGGGCGUUAUCAAUGCACAGGAAGAUGUAAGGACAGGGCCGUCACCAGCAGUGAAAGUACUGGACUGACCCUCACCGUGUAUGGUACAAAACCCAGAGUGGAGCUGGUACAGGAUCCAGAGUACACGGUGAUGUUCUCCGGAGAACGUGUUUCCUUUAGGUGUCACAUUGAUGUUUCGACUGGAUGGGAGUUCGUUUGGUACAAAGAUAACACGGAUCUCGGCUCAAAUGAAAACAUGUAUUCAGUCGACUCUGUUUCAACAACAGAUAGUGGCUCAUAUACAUGUAAAGCUAAAAGAGGCCAGGGUCCAGUCUUCUCCACAGACCCCAGUCAGACUAAACACAUUGAAGUUAAAAAAGACAAGCCUAAGCCUGUGAUGACUCAAGUGCCAAACUUUGACAAAGUGUACACUGGAGAGUCCCUGACCUUCAUAUGUACGGUUGAUAUCUCAUCUGGUUGGGAAUAUCUGUGGUACAAAGAUGGAACUGAACUCCCUACCACUGGCAGAAACUUGACCAUUAAUGAUGCAAAGUCCUCUGACAGUGGUGUCUACAAGUGUAAGGCCAGAAGAAGUAAAACCAUGUUUAAUACAGAAGAGAGCGAACCUAAGGACUUAAACAUAUCAGAAAUCCCUGUCCCAUCUUUAACAAACCUGACUUCAUGGUUGGACGUGUUCACUGAUGAGACUGUGAGGUUGGGCUGUGGGAUGGAGGCCGGUUCCUCUGACUGGACUUAUACAUGGUACAAAGAUGGUCACAUGAUCCAGGCUGGUAAUACUGUGUCUUUAGAUACAGAUGGAGCUGCUCUCUCUAUCAGCUCUGCUUCAGGAUCACAUGUAGGACAUUAUCAAUGCACAGGAAAACGUAAGGACAGGACCGUCACCAGCAGCAGAAGUACUGGACUGACCCUCACAGUGUCUGAGCGUCCUUCAGCGUCUAUAAUCCUGUUAACUGGUUGGUCAGAGGUCUUCUCCACUGAAAAUCUGGUGCUCAAAUGUGUGGUGGACAGCCAGGACCAGUGGAACUACACAUGGUUCAAACAGGAUGUGGAAAUCUCCCCACCCUCCUCUGAAAGACAUUCGGUCACACCCCAGAAUGACCCAGACCAGAGCCUGUACGUCUGCCAGGGCAUCCGCGACGGCAGACCGAACUACUCUAAGAAGAGCGACUCCUUUAAGACCAGCAACCUCUUGCUGAAAAGAAGAGUUCUUCUGUCCAUCUCUGGAUGUCUCUUCUUCGGCCUGGUGGCUGUUUUUAUUGGCUGCAUUGUCCUCAGAGUCACACGCAAACCAGCUGAAGAUCUAGAGAAACAAGAAGAGACCAAUCUGUUCCUCACCAUGGCUGAACUAAAGGAACGUGGCGAUGCACCAUGUCCACUGGUUGAAUACAUCACUGAUGCAGAUAUGAAGGACUUGUCAAAAGAACCAGAGGAAAAUGGUACAAUUUGCAGUGAAUCAACCCCGCUGCCCACAGUGGAUGAAGCUGGGCCAUCUGAGAGCAAUGACACAACAGAAAGCAACGGAGGGAUGGUUUCCUUUAAACAAUGACUUGCUGAAAAUGUUGCAUCAAGUCAUCAAACAGUACAUAAGAUAAAACGUCCAUUCACUUUGGUAGUAAUACGAAGAUUUCAUACUAAUUCUGCACAGAGUAUGAGAAAAAUAACUUGAUGUUGCUUUAUCACUAGGGAGGCAAAUAAAUAUGCCAACAGAGGAAAUGCCAUGUUGUAGCCACUUUGAAAAAAAAAAAAAAAAAAAAAGCAUCAGGGCUCCAGGGGC